AAUCAUCAUGUCAGCCCGAAGUAGCGCGCGGACCGGAUAGCACUACUGGGACUGCCUUAUAGUCAUAUCGUACUGGGAGUGGGACUGUGUUAUAGUCAUAUCGCAACAUCUUCAACAUCAUCAUGCCUGAGGCAGUACCGAGUGAGAAGCGUCGCGCCGUCGCAGCGACGGAUAGUGAUGAGGCUGCUCGUAAGCCGGUGGAUCAAAGGGAGCGCGCCGAUGCGUGGUGGCACGAAGGAGAUCAGGCGUGGGUGCCCAAAGUGAUAAACUUGCCCAAUGUUAAGAUUUCAGAAUCAAAAAUCUACAUCUUCUUCUUAUAAUAGAAGCAAAGUAAUUUUGAACACUCACUCCAUGGUUUUGCUUUUGGUUUUUGCCUUAGAAAAGGUAUGCGUUCCCGCUACCUUGUUACAGUCACAGUUCACGGACAACAACAUAAACAAACUAGCUACCACGACGUCGAGGUGUUGUAACAUCUAAAACGUGCAUAAACAAACUAGCUACCACGACGUCGAGGUGUUGUAACAUCUAAAACGUGCAUAAACAAACUAGCUACCACGACGUCGAGGUGUUGUAACAUCUAAAACGUGCAUAAACAAACUAGCUACCACGACGUCGAGGUGAUGUAACAUCUAAAACGUGCAUAAGCAAACUAGCUACCACGACGUCGAGGUGAUGUAACAUCUAAAACGUGCAAGAAGCUAAGCAACCCUCCCCCAUGGUGUGAGGGAGAAGAUCCGUACAACCCCGGCGAGAAAGUAAAGUGGUCUUGGAAAGACUGCAGAAAGAGAAAAUGCCAUAAGCAAGAUUGGGGACCCUUUUAUGGAUUUGAUCAUAUUGUCGCUUUGCUCUGCUUACGUUUAAUACCUACAAAAGUGCUGGAGCUCCUGCUUGUUCUGUUGUUAGUACUAGAAGUUGUUGAAAAUUUUUUCGCAGUGCUGGAUGGAGCCUCCUGGAGGAUAAGCCAACGUAUCACGACAGGCAGUCUAGAAUAAUUAAUAUAUAUUAAUAACAAAUUUUGUCUUACCGUUAUAAUACCCUUACCCCCCCCCUUGAACCCCCCCCUUUGAACCGUUGCGCCGACCCUUAUGACCCUUACGCCCCCCCCUUGCGAUACCCUUUGAGACCCUUGCGACACCCUUACAGCCCCCCCCUUACAGCCGCCCCUUAUGAAGCAGGCGACCCCUUAUGAUUUCUCCCCCCCUUUGUGACCCCCUUACAAGUUGGCACCUUUUUCCAACCUCUUCACCGUCGAACUCCGCAAAGUGCGCGCACACCUUCGCACUCACUGCCAGUGCUUCUCCUUGAUGGUGUUCGGGAUGUCGCGACUUUUGAACAUCACCGCGCGCCGCUCUCCCAUGGAAGUUGUCAGCUUUUGGAUCAUGAUCGACAAGAGAGACAGAGCGUAGAAGAGUGCGCACCGGUCUACCCUGCAAGAGGGCCGCGCCCUAUCAUAGUGGUAGUUGUCUGGUCUCUCUCUGUCUGCUUUCACAGUAAAGAAGAUGAACAACAACAACCAAGAGGAAGAAGAUGACGCAUCUUCAAGGCCUUGGGCUGCGUGCGUGUCUCACAUGUGGAGACUUGGGGCCUGGCUGCUGGUUCCAUUUGGGAGAUGCUACUCGCAACACCUGCAGCCGGCCACAUGUCUGGCAGAUGGGCAACCGAUGGGGCGGGCUAUGUGCCUGCCAUCCGAAGGAAGCGCGCUGCUUCUUAUUGAUUCGGCGCCUGACUGUUCAGUGUCCGCGUUGUGGUUGCCGGCUCUUUGCAGAGGAGGCGCGCCGUUUCCACCAUUCCACAGCACCAGCGCCGACGGCUGAUUCCCAUGCUGUUGCAACGGUGUAGGAAGUACCCGCCCCCCUUUCCCGGGUGAUGCUGUUGCUGGUGUUGCGGGUCAAGAAGGCGAGACUCCUCCUGGCGCUGUUCUUGCUGCAAACGGAGCACCAGGCGAAGGAGGUGCUGAAGAACAAGGGAAAGGCAAGGGCAAAAAAGGCCGCGGGGGAAGCCAAAGGCAAAGCGAAGGCCAAGGCGAAGGCGCGCGCUGCGCCAUACUGAACUCACGCCACAGAAUAACAGGGCCGACAGACGUGCUCCAUCCUUUUGCACUUUCUUCGCCGGGUGUUUUCCGGGGGCGUGCCCUUUGUUUCCAUUUUCUUCAGCGAGUGCUUUGCUCUGUCCUCUUACGCGCUUAGUUUUCUUCGAAACGCCGCAUGUGGCAUUCCCACCCCACGGCCAGACCGACCCUACUCAAUUUCGCAAGCGAUCAGUAGUCCUCUGCUAGACCGGCCUGGCGGCUCUUUUGGUGUUCGCUACCUACUACCCAUGGCGUUCGCUACCUACAUCCCAUGGUCUUUCUCGCUCUCUAUCUCAAUGCACCCAGCACGCACCGCACUAGUUGUCCUGCAGCAAUGCUUUUUUUUAGUGAAAACGUACUCCUUCUUCAUAUGUUGCACAAGGAUCUUCCUGUGCAAACGUACUCCUUCUUCAUAUGUAGCACAAGGAUCUUCCUGUGCAUGAGUGGAUUUUCUAUUUUUCCUCCUUCAUAUGUUGCACAAGGAUCUUCCUGUGCAUGAGUGGAUUUUCUAUGGUAUGGUGCUGGACGAAGCAGAUGCACCACAGGACGAUGACGAAAAAUCCAACGAGCAAAUGGAGGAAGAAGAGACGCGCUACUUGAAUUAUGUGGUGGAAAUGCAUUUUUGUACUUAGAAAUAAUACUAGCCGGCUAGUUUCCCUCAUUGUCUCGGAUAGGAUCCUGAGGAUCGAUAGUCCACCCUACCCACAAUGCUUAGGCAUACUAAAAGUGUCUAGAAGAUGAAGCUCUUCUAGUACUAGUUUCUUGAAUUGAUGCAGCUCUAAGAACACAAGCGAGCAGAGUACUACCUCUCGCAGCCUCCAGAAAGACUGCGCGCUGCCUGCCACAAGUACUUGGAAGCGAAAAGCCAUACCCAGAAGGGAGGCUUCAAGUUAUGAAACAAGUACUAGGAAAAAUAACUUGUAGUUCGGGGAUUUUCAAUUUUAUAACCAUUGUACCACUAGUACAUCAAGUCAACCUCAACGUUUUAUCUGCUUCUAACGAAUGGAGGCCACGAGGAAUACUGCAAAAAAGGCAACGGUCGCGGCGAUACGAAGCAGAUGAGUAAGUGGAAUGCUUUCGUUACUAGUUUUGAACAACGAAAGAAUGGCAAAGGAGGUACUAGAGCUACGGGUAUUGAGCCUAAUGCUAUUGCUACUGCGCCAACUUCAGCAUCUACUUCCAGCACAAGAAGUACGGCAAGAGCACAAGAAACACCUGCUCCAGCGGCAAGAGGUAUUUCACGAAACACUGCGAGAAUUAUAUGAAAACAAAAGCAAUGACAGGAAGAAUAAAAACAAGAAGCACCCUUAACAUUGUCAUUGUCUUUACCACAGUGUUUUUUUUGAUUGCACAAACUUCUCCAUCAACACUUUGCGCGCUGAAUGAUAGCAAUUUUGUUUUUGAUUGCACGGACUCCUCGAUCAACACCUCCUCCACCUGCUCUCUAGGUCCUCGUGCUGUCCAAGAACAAUUUGACUGGCUCGACCCACCGCAAGCAGCGAGAGAGCCAACGACUCUGUACAAUGUGAGUCGAAACUCACAACUUUUAUUAUGGAUUUAGGUUAAAGGUGUUCUUGUUACCGUUCGUUUUGCCUUUCUGAAGGACGAAAGGCAUAACCACGAAAGGGGUAAAGAACGAACACCAAAAGCCUACCGCCAAUUUUUGCGGGUGCCAUGCCAGCAUUAUCGAGGAAGCCAGACGCAAGUCCUGCCAUACAGGAUGGCGAUGACCGGAUACGAGGCCCGGACGGUUCCAGAGGACUUCCAUCUAAGGCGCUAAAGACAUUAUUAAAGGGACAAAUCAACUUCAACAAACCUCAGUCAGCGACAGCGUCCUCACCUCUAAUCCUAUGAAAGAACUAGCUGCAUUGUAUGGAUGUACCCUUAUGCCGAAGUACAAGAGGCUGAAGAGCUGGGAGGAUCUGGCGAAGAAAAAGAGAAGUGAAGAUAAGACGAUUGCAGAUUCAUCGCGAACACGCUCUUUAUGAGUGGAAGUUUAGUGGAAGUUUCUAAGUGAAGGUUGUCAUCAUGAUCAUCUGAUAAGGACUACUGCUCAAAUGAUGAAUCGUGACUAGUUACAACUAUUUCAGAAGAUACCUAAAAACAAGUAAGUUUUUGUCCUUGUCUAAGGUAGGAAUCCGAGAUGCAGGGGAUCGUGGUGCAACACAAGAUGUACCUUGGGGCCGAUCGACCUGCGGACUUGCUUGCCCAGCGUUGCCUUGCGCUGCCUCAAAUGGCUGAGCUCCUAGGGCCUGGAGUAACCAACCUUGGGUCUGCAGCCGAUGCGCCUUGGCUGUCCGCAAGUAAUGAGGCCGAUCAGGAUGUUGAUGGCGUUUUUCGUGAUGUUGGAGGCAUGGACCGCAAGGCACGACUGAAAAGUGCCAGGAACAUUUUUUGGCUCUUGCAGCAACAAAAGCUGGAGGAAAGGCAAGCGGCUAGCCGAACAACAGGAACAGAGACCAUAUCGUCCAAGGAUCUGUCGGACCAAAAUCGAAUUAAGGGUAGGCUAAAGGUGCUUUUGUUACCGUUUGUUAUGGCUCUCCUAAGGGGGGCAGCCAUAACAAGCGGGAUAAACGAACACCAAGAACCUACCUCUAAUCGAAGGCUGAAGAAGAUGAAGGCCUUUCACGAAUGGCACGAGACGGCGCUGAAGAGGAACUUUCGCCUCGAAGUAGAGGAGUACGCAGCAUGGGCAUCUGUCGAUUCUAGAUUAAGAAGACGCUUCUAGAUUCUUACAGUAGAGGACUUUUUCUUACUUGUUCAUGUUGGUAACGAGCAAUCGACUAGGCCUACUAUUACAACUUUCUUGUGCUUUUUUUCUCAGACUCAUAAGACGCAGUCUUCUUGAAGAAAACUAAACAACGAAAAUCCUCAACGCAGCAUGAUCAAAUGCAGCAGUUGUAUACCCUGAAGUACAUGACCAUGACCAUGCCCUGUUCUACUUCUAGUUCUAAUGCAUGGAGAUUAUACAGUUUACCUCUUGGCUGAGUUCCAACGUCAAGCACAUCGAUGGAUGCGGGCAAUCAGCGCCUACAGAUCAGUGAGCUUUUCUGCGGUCACAGAGUUGCUCGAAAUGCGCCACACCUCUUCUGAUUAAGGCUAAUAGUUGUGUAAGAACCAAAAACUAAAGGCUUCUGAUUGUUCGUCUUCAUCUGAAUGAAGGUACAGGAUGAUUGAACGGCCUCUACAUCGUUAGACAAAGGCGUAACAUGAGGCAUUAUGCCAUGACAUGCCUGGUUGUGGUCCUCUGCAGUAAAGGUAGACCUGGCCACUGGCUGAUUGAUACAAAUGUCUGUCUGAUCUGCCUUGCUAAUAUCUCGCGUAGGGGGGUUAGGUCUAGGUUAAGCUAGCUGCUUUCUACUUCUACUUAGUAUCAAGUCCUGAGUAAGCAGCUCCAUCUCCAGAUCAAUCAGUUUCCAUCUAUUUGAGGUUGAGGACUCCUGAGGAUGUCGGUGAUUAUCUACAUAAGUAGUGCAAAGAGUUUCGCUUUUGCGAGGGCGAGUCGCAUGAGUACACCCCAUUCACGACAAACCCUAGCAAAAGUCGAAAGUAGAUUGGAACGCUGUGGCUUGUCUAUUCUGUUGACGUGAGAGAACAAGGGAGCUUCUAGGUCCCUCUUCUCUCUCUUCUAAGGCAAAGACGCCCGCGCCGACGUCAACGCUGUCAGACAGGGGCCCAUCAGUGGGAAGGCGGCCCAGCUGGUCGAGUUCCAGAAAUUCAUCGCCAAACAACUCAUGGCAGGAGCAGGAGGAGCUGCAGAAAAUGGAACUACAUUUAAGGCUCAGCUUUCAAUGGAGGUCAUAGUUUAGAUUGGAGUCACUGAGAUCGAAGAAGCGACCUCCCCUUGAGAGGAGAACAGGGGAAAAGGAAGGGAAAGGGGAGAGCUUUGAAGGGAGUCUCUUCCGUUCAGCAUCAUGAUGGCCAUUGAAUGCUGAGCUUUAAUACAUCUGCAGCAAAUAGAGGAGGAGCUCCUGCAGGAGCCAUGGCGGGUUUGAGGAGUGCCGAGUAUACCCACAAGGUCCAAGGACUAGAUUGGUUUAUGCACAAAUUUGAAGCCGACAUGUACGAUCAGCAUGGUCAUGCUCUACAGGCCCCAACGAUUUUGGCACCCUUGAGAAUGUUGAAUCUCAAAGACAGAAAGAGUCGCUUGGCUCUGGCAGAUCACAUGCAGUUUCUGUCUGAAAACGGAGUCGCCCCACCGAUUGCGGAGCUCGAGUUACGUCAAUGACCCUUGUUGAUAUUUGUUUUUGUCUGUUUCAUUUUGCGUGGUAGUGAUAGUGAAGAUAGAUGAGGAUAGGUUGUUGAUUAAAGACUUGGACUACAACUUGUAGUUGUGCCAUGAUUUGUUUGCUGAUCACUUCUCCUGUCUACUCUACGGUUUCACGCUUGUCUGUGUUUCUUUCUUUCAAGUUGAAGCUCUUAGGCUCUGCGAGAUCCUUAUUUACAGUUUAGAGAAAUGUCAACUGCUGAAGACUCUUCUAAUUUUUCCAGCCGUCUCAGGAGCCGGCGACGUGAAGCGGUUCCGGUUUUUCGUGGAGUUCAGACUGCACGACUGCGGUGAAUGCGGUGACUGGUCGCCUCCGAGUUUGUAUGAGGCUGACUUGUUGCGAGAGGACUCCCCGUUUUUGCAUGCUGUAGCUGAGGCAGUCCAGCGGCUCCUCCCAAGAGGCUUUGAAAGCAAAGGCGACAAGAAGGACCCGCUAUCGUUGAGCAAGCCACACGUUUGCAUCGUUUUGUGCGCUUCGGGUGUCGACUUCAGUGAUCCGAGAAAGGAUCCCCGACAGAAAACUCGGCUUCUUCGCAUUCGGUUUUACGGGAAGUUGUAAUAGUACUACUAGUAAUGACUCGACGUGGUCUACUUCCUUUUAGUGUCACUACCAGUUGUAGUAUCAUCUCUCCCUCGCUCUCUCUUUUUUGAGUUCUACGAAGAACUUUUUCAACGAAAAAAAGUAGAAGUUGCUAGCCUUGAUACGGAGCUGCAUUCUAAUAUGUGGUCUUUCCAGAGCUUGUCAUGACAGACAAGACAAAGGCGGACCAGAUGAGGAACUUUGUUGUCAACGCUCUCAUUGUUAAGGCUGUAGCUAAUUGAUUCAUCUUUAUAAUGAGGUUCCUUGAAUAAUGAAUAAACGGUGUAUGGGGGAGUAUUACUUUUCAAGGAUGCAAUUGAAAGAUGAAUUCCUGACAGUUCUAACAGAGGGCACAAAAAGGCAGAGGAAGACGAUGUGAGCAAACUCGAGAAUAAUUUGCCGAUGGAUCGCCAUAUAGAACCGACAGGAGCUGCCACUACCGCCAGCAAGAAAAAAGGUUGUCGACUGAUUCAAAAAUAUUCACGCUGGAGCUCAAUUUUAUGGAACAAGGCAUGCAAAGCGCCAUGAAAAUGGAUCAUGAGGUGGAUGCAAAUAGAAUAUUGGGCUUAAAAAUCUUCUCGUCUACCUACGAGUCCAUAUACUUGUAGGGCAGUGGUUUCUAAUCAUUAUCGGGUUGCAAGCGAAAAUGAAGAAAGCGACGAACAAGGACGCAUUUGCAAUGUUUUCCGAGUGCGUGAUGCCUAAUUGCGAAGACAAUAGAAAUCCGUACCCCGAUUCCUCAGCUGCUGGUGGCAGGCGGGAAAGGGAGCUUCUUUUCGGCGACGCGUUUUCGAGUAGCGGCACAUACGGAGUUAUGAACACCUGCUCUCAGAUAUUCAUAACUAGUACUACAAUUGUGAAGUAGUUUAAGUUUUCUCUAGGCUUAUCGAUCCCUUCAAACAAUAUAUCCCUAAGAUGCUUAUCCCUUCAAACGAUAUAAGUAUAAUGUUUUCUCCUCCUUUUGUUUCCUGAUCCUGUUGAAAUAAGCAAUGUAGUAUUCUAGUUCUUCAUCCUGCUCUAGAAGUACUUUUGAUUUUGAAGAAGUCAGGAGAACAUGCUGUAGUUGCUGGUCCUUGUUCUUCCGCUGGUUUAUCUUUCUAAGAUAGCUUCUCGUGCUGGUGGAGCAGGCAGAGAUGAGAAAGAGAAUGUUCGCAGCCCCAGUGGCAUCCCGAUGCGGCUGGAUCCGCACUGUGCAGUGCUGGAGCUGCGACGAUCUUUCUGCGUGACGAAGGACGCAGACGCGCAAAGGCAGCAAAACGAAUUGCAUCCUCCGCGAACUCAUGUAAAGAUUUUGACACAGAAAGAAGGCGCAAACCUUCUGGAACGCAAAGGAUUUUUCGUGUCUGGCGUUGAAGGUUUGUCCUACGACUGGCAGUCCUCUUCUUCCAUCUGCGGAAACGGAACUUAAGAAUAAAGAGGAUCACUGAAUACAAUUUACAACGUGCGUUCAAGCUCAUGAUGUUCUUGUGCUUCUUGGUAGUAGAAGGGCGAUGUCGAUCUUGAAGAUAAUGAGAAAAAACGUCCCCACUACAGUGAUUGCAGUUCUUACUGCUGUAGUAAGUUCUGAGUUCUAGGCUCAGAAAGAUUUUGUUUGUUUGCGAAGAUAUUGAGUGCUUUGGUCUUCCACGGUCCACCUCAUUAUUCAGCCGAAACCCUCACAGAAAGCACGACAGAGCAGCUCACUUCUAAUCCAAGCCACUGUCAACAUCCAAGUUCAGCGUCGAUGAAAAUUGGCGUGGGCCUGUCCGGGGCAGCAGUGGCGUCGUUAAGCCGGGAGACGAGGACCUGAGUGACAUGGUCAAACUCCCACGAGAGGAACUGGAAAAGCAGCUCCAACGACAGGAGCGAAGACGCACAGGUGGUGGCAGUUAAAAGACGAGCUGCAUUAUUCUAUUGAGCUUCGAAAGGGUCUUUGUUCGAGGCAACUCGAUAUCGAUCUCCAUCUUUGUGACACUACGCACACGUUAUUCCUUAAAUAUCUUGUUCUUCGAUUGAUAAUAGCGAUCUUUAGUAUCAUAAUCGCACGAAGUACAUCAACUACAUGAUCAUACCGCUCGUGGAUAGAAGAUGAAUGAGAAUGAAUGUCCUAGUCCUCUACUUUCUCCAUUUCUUUCUUCGAUCUCUUGUUAUUGUUUCUUGAAAAUGCUUACGGAUGAUCUUUGGCAAGAAACGUGGUGUCCUCUUCAUCUGCCAAUAUUCUUUUCCUCCUUCGAUUUGCAUUCUGCACCUUCAUAUUGCUGCUCUCAUCUUUGCGACAACUACUUUCCUGUUUUUGUAUGAGCUCCACCUCCUGAGCAACACCCAAACUAGUAGACGAACCACCCAAAAAUCUUAACAUAAUUGCUAAAAAUGGAGCACCACGUCAAUCCAUCGGCACCAACCUGUCCGAUUAGAGGAAAUAGAUCCCUCAUUCGUCUCCCAGACCACUCUUCGUAGUUCAUCUUCGACAUCAUGCGGCCUAAUAUGUCGAAGUACUACCUCAUUCCCUAGAAUCAUGUUCUUGCAACUCGUUCUUCAUCUCACAAAUCUUCAUGCGCAUGAGUGUCCCUCAUCCACCUUUCUUAUAUCGUAUUCAGCCUAAAAAGAAUAACUUUCUCAUAACUUUUGAAGACCCGCCUGGUGCACGACGA